AUGUGGGACGUCAUUCUGCUGCUCAUUUACAGCUUUACAGCUCUAUAUGAUCAUAUCUGUGUUUCAGCUGUUGUUGGAGCUCCAGUUACAGUUUCAGGACGCAGAGGAGAGAAACUGGACAUCAGAUGCUCAUAUGAGUCUAGAUAUGAGGCAAACUCAAAGUAUUUCUGUAAAGGCGAGUGUAACUUUUGGAAUAAAAACAUCAUAGUAGAAUCAGGAUCUCCAGCAAAAGACAAGAGAUUCUCUCUGACUGACGACACAAUAAACAGAGUUUUCACCAUCACCAUCACUGAUCUGAGAACAGAGGAUGAAGGAACAUACUGGUGUGCUGUGAGGAGGAGUUUAACUGAUGUCUAUUCAGAGAUUCUGCUGAUGGUCAAAAAGGAUCAGGAAAACACUGAAGGUUCAUCUGUCAGCUCUUUCUCCAACACGCCGUCAUAUUUCAGCUCAACAGAAGUGAAUCUGCAGUCCAGCAGCAGCACAGAUCAGCACAACUCUACGGUGUCACAUACUGAUCUGGGUUCAGUAGCAGGCGGUGUGGGUUCAGUUCUGCUGGUUCUGCUUCUGUGUUCUGGAACUUUCCUCAUCCUGAAAAAGAGGAAAAGGAAAUGUGAGACAGCUUUACCUCUGCAGAAUGUGCAGCAGAAUACUGAGACUGACUGCACGUAUGAAAAUCUUCCAAAAAGUGAUGUCAUCAUCGCCGCUAAGUCUUCAUCUAAUCAGAUGCCAGCAUCAGACCUCAACACCAGAGCAGAAAAUGCUGCUUAUUCUACAGUAACCAAUCAGAAAUCUGAAUUACACUCUGGUCACACCCACUCAGCCAAUCAGAAGGCAGAUUCAGAUUUUGAUUACUAUGCUAAUGUUACAUAAUUAGUUACGAUCUCCAAAACAGCCAUUCUGUGGGUCUCGAUCCGAUUCCAAAGUGAU